AUGUCGAGGGGCUCCGGCCACGACCGCGCCUUGAUUUCCGCGCUGCGUGACUUCGCUGACCCCAAGACGUCGCUGAGCUUCGGGAUUCGAAUGGAGAGCAUGAUCUUCGACCUGGCUGACGCUCAUUUGUUCUUCAACGACCUUGAGAAUUGUGAUCAAGUGCAUAUCGAAGACGUGUCGUCAGAUGACAAUGGGCAAGAUCUGACAAACUACGAUUUCUCGUCUGACGGUUUCCGAUCAGGCAAUCAGUGCUUGGCAACAGGUGUCCGAGGAGGCGUCGACUGGAAUCGGAAACUCGCCUUUCGGUAUCGGAAAAUCAAAGAGGCUUAUUCCGCUUUCAGGAACAAUGUUGGAGGUCUUCUUGGCCCUCAAAAACGGGACCAAUGGCUGCAGUUGCGAGCAGAGCUGGAAUCGCACACAGACAGCUGGCUAUCAAAAGCAUUGAAGUGCUUGUCGAUGAUCAGUUCCAGGCCCAACUGUGCGAACGUGCUGGUCACGACAACUCAGCUGGUCCCAGCAGUUUCAAAAGUGCUGCUCUACGGACUCGGCGGCGUGUUUCCCCUGGAAAAUAUUUACAGCGCGACGAAAGUCGGGAAAGACAGUUGCUUUGAGCGAGUGAUGGCGAGAUUUGGCCGCAAGUGCACCUUUGUUGUGAUAGGCGACGGCAACGACGAAGAAGCAGCAGCUAAAAAGAAUCAGCAGCCACAAGGACCUGGACGCAUUGCACAAUGUCUUGACGCUGGGUUUCCUUUAAUGAGACAGGAUGAGGUCGGCCGCGAGUCAUUGUCGACUGGGUUCGAGUCGCGCAAGCCCGACACGAUGGCUGACGAGGAAACCCGAUCGGUUGCUCGGAUUAACGCGACGGAGUUUCAAUGGUUCUGGUUCCCGCAGCCAGCUCGUUCGGUACCACAGCAUUCCACUCGUAAUCUGGUAGUGUUCUGCGAUUCCUUUUGUCGGCUCAUUAACUAA